AACAUUUGAACAUAAACAUCUUGUUUUUCCCAUACCUACACGUAACGCCUUUACAAAUUAUUGUUAUAAAAUAUUGCAUAAACAUGUAUUAAUACUUUUCUGCGCAGAAAUGAGGAAUAAGAAUUAACUUAUACAGAAAGUACAUUUGUAAAACUGGAUUUUAGGAUUGCCAGCUAUCCACAAUGGAUCCAGAGAGUUUUCUAGCGGAUCAGCAAGUAAUGUUCAAAAUGAGUAAUUUACUUUUCGGACUGCUAUUGAUUGGAUUUUGCCUUCUAGCCUUUUAUGCACUGUGUAAAUGGUGCAGUGAAAAUUCGAAUGAAACAAAACCGAAAGAAACUGAGAAGCUAAUGAUGAAACCUGUGUACGCACAUGAAAUAGAACCUGGUAUUGUUAUACUUCAGAACGAGGAAGGUGAUUAUUUUAAGAUUUUAAAGGAGUAUGAUUCGAACAAGGAUAAUUUGUAUGGAUCAGUGUCGUGCACGCGACCGGAAAUGAUGCAAACACCUACGCGCAUGCCUAUUGAAGAUCCAGAAAAGACGCCAUUGCGGUCACACGCGGGAUCAAACGGUGCUGUUUCACCAUCUGCACCUCCAGUUAUCCCUAAUCCACAAGGGAAUUCUUUAGAAGUGAAUAACCGUAACAGUUCCGCCAAAUGCUCAACAGGGUACGGCUCAUACGGCAGACCGCCUCCGUAUGCUAGCAAAUAAAAAUAAAUUUAUGUGAUAAAUCAAUCACAGGGUUACCAUGUCAAUCGUACAUGGUUUUACGGUGUAGCUUAGCAUAUGUGGUCAGCUGUGGGUUAAUAAGAUACAAUAUCAAAACCUCCUUUCUCUUGCGAAUCAUGCUACAAAUAUUUCAAAACAAAUGUGGAUCUUAUGCUGUUUCUUGAUCAAUGCAUUAUAGGCGUAGCAUAUGUAACACUUUGAAUGGCAAAAAUGUCGAUGGACAGAAUAAUCAACGGUAUUAUGUAUAUCUACAGAAAUACACAAAUGUAUGUAACUUUUUAAGUUAUACAUUUCUUAGACUAUCAGUAUCAAAUGCACAAUCACACAUUAAGUAUUACAUAUUUAAGCCUAUCAUGUUGGUCUGUCAAAGUCUAAGUAUGCGUAAAAUCGAUAAUAAUAUGUCCAUGUAAAUGUUUUGUUUACAUUAUUUGAAGAUUCGUGUCACAUAAAUAAAAAUAAUGAAGUUCAAUAUUAUAAACCUAAUAAAAUAAUUGCAAAAUAUCG